AUGUGGGGGCGCUUCCUGGCCCCGGAGGCCGGCGGCCGGGACAGCCCCGGCGCAGCCCGCAGCUUCCCGGCGGGCCCAGAUUGUUCUUCGUCAGCAUGGCUACCUGGUAAUGAAUCAUUGUGGCAGGCCACGACUGUUCCAUCUAACCAUCGAAAUAACCAUACCAGAAGACAGAGUAUCACUUCUGACAGUGGAGACACUGGCAUUGGAACUUCCUGUUCUGACAGCGUGGAAGAUCAUUCAACUUCAAGUGGCACAUUAUCAUUUAAGCCUAGUCGAUCAUUGGUUACCCUUCCUACUGCCCACGUGAUGCCGUCUAACUCCAGCUCUUCAGUUCCCCGACACAGGGAAUCAUUGACAUCAGAUGCCUCAAAAUGGAACUCAAGCCUCAUGCAAACCAUGGGAAAUCGCAGUAAGGAUGAGCAGGACUCCUCGCUAGACAUGAAGGACUUCCGGCCCCUCCGGAAAUGGUCUUCUUUGUCUAAGCUCACUACUCCUGAUAACUGCAGCCAAGGUGGCACUGCACACACUGAAGUGCCCCGUAAUGGCUUGGAAAAGACAGGGAGGAGCAAGGUUUUACCAUCACAACUAAGGACAAUCGGACCUAGCUGCUUACAUGACAGUAUGGAGAUGCUUAAACUGGAGGACAAGGAAAUAAAUAAAAAACGGUCCUCAACUCUGGACUGUAAAUAUAAAUUUGAUAGUUGUAGCAAAGAGGACUUUAGAGCUUUUCCCUCCACUCUUAGGAGACAGGCCUUAGAUAUGACAUAUAGUGCCUUACCUGAAAGCAAGCCCAUUAUGACAAACUCAGAGUCAUUCGAACCUCCUAAAUAUUUAAUACUUGGUCAACAGGCAGUAGGUGGGGUUCCCAUUCAGCCUUCUGUGAGGACUCAAAUGUGGCUUACAGAGCAGUUGCGGACAAAUCCUUUGGAAUGUAGAGCUACUGAGGACUCUUACAGUUUAUCUCCUUGGCAACAACAGCAAAUUGAAGAGUUCAGACAAGGAAGUGAGACACCAAUGCAGGUUUCAACUGGAUCAUCUCGUCAAACUUAUUUACCUUCUGAAUAUCAGGAUUUCAGUAAAUGGGAAUCAGUGCUGAAAAUAAAAGAAGGACUACUAAGGCAGAAAGAAAUAGUAAUUGACCGGCAGAAGCAACAAAUAACCCACCUACAUGAGAGGAUAAGAGAUAAUGAACUGCGGGCAAAACAUGCCAUGUUAGGACAUUAUGUCAAUUGUGAGGAUUCUUAUGUGGCCAGUUUGCAGCCACAAUAUGAGAACACUUCACUGCAGGCUUCAUUUUCAGAACACUCAGUAUCCAAUUCGCAGCAGGAGGAACUUGAACAAAAGCUUGCAUCAGCUGAGAAAGAGAUUUUACAGCUCAAUGAGUUUCUCAAACAAAAAAUAACCCAAUCUACUGACGAAAAGAAGAAACUGGAGGAAAAGCUUAAAACCAGAGAUAGGUACAUCAGUAGCCUGAAAAAGAAAUGUCAGAAGGAAUGUGAACAAAACAAAGAAAAGCAGAGAAGAAUUGAGACCUUGGAAAAAUAUCUGGCUGAUCUGCCAACUCUCGAUGAUGUACAGAGUCAGAGUCGACAGCUUCAGGUUCUGGAAGAAAAAAAUAAGAAUUUGCAAGAGGCUUUGAUAGAUAUGGAGAAAAAGCUUGAAGAGAUUAAAAAACAGUGUCAAGAGAAAGAGGCUCAACUGAUUUGCCAGAAAAAGAAAGAAAAGGAGUUGGUAACCACAGUACAGAGUUUGCAGCAAAAAGUUGAAAGAUGCCUUGAAGAUGGAAUCCGUCUCCCCAUGUUAGAUGCAAAGCAGCUUCAGAAUGAAAAUGAUAACCUCAGAGAACAAAAUGAAAAUGCUAGUAAGAUAAUAGACAGCCAGCAAGUUGAAAUUGAUGGAAUGAUUUUAGAAAUUCAGUCUAUGCAAGGGAAACUAUCUAAAGAGAAACUGACCACUCAAAAGAUGGUGGAAGAGCUAGAAAAGAAAGAAAGAAAUAUACAGAGAUUAACAGAAGCACUACUUGGGAACCAAAGAGAAACAGAAGACACAUGCACUUCAUUGGAUCAGGGCCAGGAAGCUGACCAAUCCAGACAGCAGAUGAUUCUUUCCAAAUGCCCAUUAUUUGAUUUGACUGUGAUUGAUCAGCUGUUCAAGGAAAUGUCCUACUGCUUGUUUGACUUGAAAGCAUUGUGUAGUAUCCUUAAUCAGCGUGCUCAGGGCAAGGAACCUAAUCUUUCAUUGUUACUGGGAAUCAGAUCAAUGAACUGUUCCGCUGAAGAAACUGAGAAUGACCACAGCCCAGAAACACUCACUAAAAAACUGUCAGACGUGUGUCAGUUACGGAGGGACAUUGAUGAAUUAAGGACUACAAUAUCAGACCGCUAUGCUCAGGACAUGGGAGACAACUGCAUUACCCAGUGA